UAUAGUGACUGUUGCUUGAAGAUCUAGCACACACGUGCUAUUUGUAAAUUUGUAAACAGGCGGUAAAAAUGGGUGCAACUAAAAAUAUGGACUUGAUAGGCACCAUUGAGGAUGAUGCUGAAGUGGAGAAUCUGUCCGAGGACUCGGACGCCGAGAUAGAAUAUCAACCAACAAAACUGCGGCAAAAGAAAAUAACGGAGUUUGAAAAAGGAUUCGAGUUUGUGUCUUCGGUCAAGGAGUACAAUCAGGAUACCUGGGAUGAUUUGAUGAAGUAUGUGAAACGCAAGGCUCGCACAAAGACCGACGAUAAAAUUGCAGCACGUUUGCAACAACGUGGAGGUGCUGAAGCUAUCGAUGAUGCAGUUAGUGAUGAAGAAAUAGCACUAUCUGACGAUGAGCUGAAGCACGACAACUUGCGUUUACGCGAGAAGAAACAAAGCAAAAACAAAAAGAAGAAAACUGCUGAGGACAAUGAUGAUGAAGAUGAGGGUGAAAAAAUGCAAUUUGACGAAACCGUCGAAUCAAAUGAAACGAUAAACUCAUUUUAUCAAAUGAACUUGUCACGUCCACUAAUGCGUGCCAUUGGCGUACUAGGCUAUAUCUAUCCAACUCCAAUUCAAGCAUCGACUAUACCUAUUGCAUUGUUGGGUCGCGAUAUUUGCGGCUGUGCAGCCACUGGAACCGGUAAAACAGCUGCCUAUAUGCUGCCCACUGUGGAGCGUUUGCUAUAUCGCCCGCUGACCAACAAAGCCAUUACGCGUGUAUUGGUGCUGGUUCCAACACGUGAAUUAGGCGCUCAGGUUUACCAAGUAACCAAACAGCUGUGCCAAUUUACAACCAUUGAUGUAGGUCUCGCCAUUGGUGGUCUGGAUGUUAAGGCACAAGAAGCUGUGUUAAGGCAAAAUCCGGACAUUGUUAUUGCUACACCGGGUCGUCUAAUCGAUCACAUAAAGAACACACCCAGUUUUAGCUUGGACUCAAUUGAAGUGCUUAUCUUGGAUGAGGCAGACCGAAUGCUGGACGAAUACUUUGCCGAGCAAAUGAAGGAGAUUAUUAACUCAUGCUGCAAAACGCGACAGACAAUGCUUUUCUCGGCCACAAUGAGUGAGCAAGUCAAGGAUCUGGCUGCUGUUUCGCUGGACAAACCCGUCAAAGUGUUUGUCAAUAACAAUCAACAGGUUGCUUUCAAUUUGCGUCAAGAAUUUAUACGCAUACGUGAGGAUAAGGAGGGCGAUCGGGAACCAAUUUUAGCCAGUUUGAUUUGUCGCACGUUCCACGAUCACUGCAUGGUGUUUGUACAGACAAAAAAACAGGCGCAUCGCUUGCAUAUAUUGCUGGGACUCUUAGGAGUGCGCGCUGGUGAACUGCAUGGCAAUUUGACACAGCAACAGCGUUUGGAGUCGCUAAAAAAGUUUAAGGAGGAGCAAAUCGAUGUGCUUAUUGCCACAGAUGUGGCGGCACGUGGUCUGGAUAUUGUGGGCGUUAAAACGGUUAUAAAUUUCGUUAUGCCCAUUACAACAGAGCAUUAUAUACAUCGUGUAGGUCGUACGGCGCGUGCUGGCCGUGCCGGCAUCUCAGUUUCAUUGGCUGGAGAGAAGGAGCGUAAAAUCGUUAAGGACAUUAUUAAGAAUGCCGAGGGAAGCGUCAAAAAUCGCAUUAUACCACCUGAAAUAAUAGAAAAGUAUCGCAAUAAGUUAACAGGCCUAGAACCAGAAAUACAAAAUAUCUUAGACGAGGAGCAAGCGGAACGCCAGCUGGCCAAAACAGAGCAACAGCUGUCCAAAACAGAACGCAAACUGCUAGGCCAACCCAAUGAGAAACGUAGCUGGUUCCAAACUAGAAUAGAGCGCGAAAAGGAGAAGGCACGACUUGCGCUUACGACUAAGGAUGAGAACAGUACAGAAGCAGCCGGCGCUAAGGGCAAGGGUAAAAAUGCAGGCAAGCGCAAACGACCUGAGUACGGCGGCGAUGGUGAAGAUGGUCCCUCUGUCAAAGAAGUGGAAGCCAGACGCAAUAAAAAGAAAAAGGAGGAACCCAGAAAGAAAACACCCGAACAGUUGGCAAAGGAGCGUGCCAUGAAAGAAAUUGAAAAGGUUUCUCUGGUGCGCGCCAAAAUGGCAAAGUUGCGCAAACGGCCGGGCAAACUUGGCGCAACCAGUGACAGCAAUAAAUACGCAAAAUCUAGUGCAUCCGCUGGUAAGCCCAAACGACGUGGUGGAAACUCUGCGUUUACCAAUGAUUUGACUGAUGUUAGUCGUGGCGGAGCUUUGCGACUGAGAUCGGAAGCUAAUCGCCAUAAGAAAAUGACGAAGAUUGCAGCGAAAAAGAAGACCAGCAAUGUUAAGCUGACAAACAAGGCUGGCAAAAACAAGUUCAACAAAGGCAAAAGCUUUGGUGGACCUCGUUUCGGUAAAAAUGCCAAGAAGAAAUAAACAAAAUGUAAAUAAAGUUUAGGGAAGAAUAAAACCUUUUCUGUGAUUCU